UUUGUUUGUUGGCUGAGUUUUAUUCCCUUCCAACAAAACCGAAAUAGAGAGUAUUGUUUUCUCCAACUUAUUCCUUGACUAAAAUCGCCUAUAAAUAAAUAGAAGUCACAAGUAUCAUACCUUGUCAUAAGUUAAUUCACAACUAUGUCUAUAUAUACAUCUUCUUAGCUAGCAUAUUCACUACAAAACACAAUUAUAUACACACUACAUACUUUAUCGUAAAAUUAAAAAAAAAAAAAACCGUAAAAUUAUUAUUCUAGCUCUGAUUCUUCUUCUUCAUCAUCCAAGUCCAUGGUGGAAUCAAAGAGGGUAGUGAAACCUGCAUACCCUUUUCAACCGCAUUCCAUGCUUCGUUCAGUGAAGAAAUCUCAAAGCAAGCCGUGGAGGAAUAAGUUACACGUGGCACCGAUGCCGCCGAGACCCGUCAAAGUUUACAAAGUGGACGCCGUGAACUUCAGAGAACUCGUUCAGCAGCUUACCGGUGCACGUGCCACAGAGCAGUUCAUGAAACCCCCUCAGAGCGUGGCACGUGCUGAAACUGAAACUAUUCUUACUAAUAACUCCAAUUCCAAUUUUGUUGCAGAAGCAGAAGUGUGCACUAAUAAUAAUAAUAAUGAUGAUAACUGGUACUCCAACCGGGAUUUCCAAGAUGAUGGGGUAAUGGGAAGAUCACCAUCUUAUUAUAGUAAUUUAUGGUGUAACUUCCCACCUAUUAGCCCAGGAACCUUGAGUAGCUUGGAAUCCAGCAGGAUUCUGUUGGGGCUAGCUAGUAAGAUCGAUUGUGUGGAUGGUUGAAGGAUUCAACACACACACACUGUUAUUCCUUUUAAAAUUUCAAUCGUAAAUCAGCAAUUAUUUCUGGACUCUGUUGUAGAAGAAUAAUGCUGCUGAUUCCCCAACUACUUUAGUUAUAUUUGUCUAUUGUUUGAUUUUAUCCUGAUUUUGGGUAAUUGCUAGUUUUUUAA